CACUCUUAUUUUCGUUGAAAAUGUUUAGUAGAAGAAGAAGACUGAUUCAACAAAGAAGACGGCGCGCAAACAGAGCAUAUCGAAGACGUAAUAGACUCUUUAGUAAUAAAGACUUAUUGGAUCGAAUUAAAAACCUUCCUUUACAAAUUGUAGACGAUCCUUCAUUAGAUCAAUUUUAUAAUGGAUUUUCUUUCUCUUAA